AUGAAUGGCGGCUCCGAAAUAUCUACUGGAUUCGAGAUCUUUGUAUUUAUAUUGUCUAUGAUCAUUGCAAUAUUCCCGCCUGCGGCCUUCGUAAACGAAGGAUUAACGGUGGAAUCUCUUUUCAAUUUCUACAUCGGGCCGGCCGCCGCCGAUCCAAUUGGGCACAACUGCCGCAAAAUCGUGGUCCGGCGCGCAUCAAUCGGGUGUUUUCCUUUUGUUUUCUUCCUCGCUAUGCAAUUAUUUUAUGAUCCAACAAUAUUCGCUGUGAUACCAACGAACAUUGCUCAGUGCGUUUCAUUGGCGUCAAUUUUCGGGUUUGUAGGAUCGUUGAGCUACGCCUACUACCAUCAUCAUACACGCUUUGAGCAGUUGGAGCCAAUCAAAAACCUAAAGAAAUAUUCGCCUAAUAUUGACGAAAUGAAGGCACGGAUCGCUGUAGAAUACGUAAAUUUCGACAAUUAUACCUCAGCACUGUCAGCUUACUGCCACCUCGUCAUUUCCGAUUCGUGGUUUAUGCACUUUGAUCGGUUUACAUUCCAUAUCGUCAACUCGGCCGAUGUCCAAUUCACCGUAGUUCACUGUUCUAACUUUAAGUCCUCGAUCGACGGAGGGGAACGCCAAAACUAUACGAUACGAGCGAAAGCCGGAAGCAUCGAUAUCCCAGACUUCCACUUCAGAACGCGGGUCGAUGUUGCAAGAGACGUUAUUCUGCACCAAAGUACCGAUGAGCUCUUUGAGAAUGUUUUCCGAGACGAGAUCGUGCAAAAUGGCAACCACCCUAUUGGCGACCCGGAUUCGUUGGAAGAGUGUAUCGGGUGCUAUCAACGACCAGCUGAUGUGAAAAUCUCCAAGGCAUGUCCACCAUCACAAGAUAGGCAACCGUGUCGAGAUUGUUUCUGUCCACCUCGUUGGUGUGCUUCAUGCCUUGCCCGUGUCUUCAUGGCAAAGCAAGCAGCGGCACAAAUCCCGAAAGAGCGCUGGAUGUCCGGACAAGCAGACUGUCCAACGUGUCGCGCGACGUUUUGCGUCCUUGAUGUACAUUUUCUGGCAAUUCCCGGACAAGAU